AUGUUGCCUCCGGUCCCGUCGCCGGCGGCGUAUGGUAUCUCGCCUGAUCAGGGCUUUCUCCCGCCAGAGCCUCCUCUGGAGACUUUGCCGGACUUGUUUUACGCCAAGUGGGAGGAAAUCGCCGCGAAUCUGCAGCCGUUGCUGCUGAGCAGACGGAUCCGGGCCGUCGUGGACCGAAUGCCUCUUCUUUCCACCGUGCAUUUGCAUACAGAUGCCGAGUGGCGGCGAGCUUAUGUCGUCCUGGUGUUUAUCCUCCAUGGCUAUGUUUGGGGAGGGGAUCGGCCAGCCGAGAGAAUCCCGCCGCAGUUGACGGUGCCAUUGUUCGAAGUAUGCGAGCGGCUCGAAGUACCGCCGGUAGCAACCUAUGCCGGGGUCUGUCUCUGGAACUACAAGCCGAUCUUCCCGGACGAACCCGCCGACGACCUGAAUAACCUGGCGUGCUUACAGACCUUUACCGGCUCACUGGAUGAGCAAUGGUUUUACUUGGUCUCAGUGGCCAUCGAAGCGCGGGGAGGCCCGUCGAUUCCCCUUAUGUUGGAGGCUAUUGCCGCGGCUCGGGUAGGCAAGACCCGCGUGGUGACGGAAUGCCUGCAGCAGUUGGCGGAAAUCUUGGAUGAGAUUACUGCGCUAUUACAGCGGAUGUAUGACAACUGCGACCCCUAUGUCUUCUACAACCGCAUUCGGCCCUACCUAGCCGGCAGCAAGAACAUGGCCGACGCCGGGCUUCCUAUGGGCCUUCUCUAUGACGAUGGCCGCAACCCGCCCGAAUACCGCCAGUAUGGCGGGGGCAGCAAUGCCCAAAGCUCGCUGAUCCAGUUUUUCGACAUCGUCCUGGGUGUGGAGCAUCGCCCUACCGGUGUAACCCGCAAAGAUCAGAAGACAGCAGCCGCCUCGCGGGAGGACGGCCCUAAGUCCCGCCAUGGCUUUAUUCACGAGAUGCGUGGCUACAUGCCAGGUCCUCACCGACGCUUCCUGGAGGACGUGGAUUCCAUCGCCAACAUCCGCCCCUUUGUCGACGCCCACCGCACCGACCCCGCUCUGAAGCUCGCCUACGACGCCUGCCUAUCCAUGCUGCGCACUAUGCGCGACAAGCAUAUCCAGAUCGUCUCGCGCUACAUCAUUGUUCAGUCCCGCGUGGCUCGCCGCGCAUCACAGUCUGCCGGCUCCGACCAACAGCCACCGACGGUGAACCUUGCCACCGCCGUGCCGGCCGACAGUAAGAAGCUGCGGGGAACAGGCGGCACCGCGCUCAUUCCAUUCCUCAAGCAGGCGCGAGAUGAGACCGGCGAGCCCGCCAUCGACGCCUGGGCUAAGCGUCUGCUGAGCAACGGCCCUGCACGCGUGGGAUUUGCCUCGCUCAGCAAGGUUGGCGAGCAGCCAGACGGCCACCUGGAAGUUGUCGGUCUUUGCGGGACAUGGACCGCAGACGACAGCGAAGGCGGAAUCUGCCACUGGUGA